GCUAAGCCCUGUGUCUUUGAUAUGGAAGUGGAGAACCAGACAAGGGUCACCAAGUUCAUUCUGGUGGGGUUCCCCGGGAGCCUGGGCAUGCGUGCCGCAGUGUUCCUCAUGUUCCUCGUGGCCUAUAUUCUGACAGUAGCGGAGAACGUGAUCAUCAUCCUGCUGGUGCAGCAGAACCGGCCACUACACAAGCCUAUGUACUUCUUCCUGGCCAACCUGUCCUUCCUGGAGACCUGGUACAUUUCCGUGACCGUGCCCAAGUUGCUGUUCAGCUUUUGGUCCCUGAGCAACAGCAUCUCCUUCACUCACUGCAUGAUCCAGCUUUACUUCUUCAUCGCACUCAUGUGCACAGAGUGCGUCCUCCUGGCCGCCAUGGCCUACGACCGUUAUGUAGCCAUCUGCCGCCCUCUGCACUACCCCACCAUCAUGAGCCACGGGCUCUGUUUCCGCCUGGCUCUUGGCUCCUGGGCCAUCGGCUUUGGCAUCUCUCUGGCGAAGAUCUACUUCAUCUCCCGCCUUAGCUUCUGUGGCCCCAAUGUCAUCAAUCACUUCUUCUGUGAUAUCUCUCCAGUGCUCAACCUCUCCUGCACAGACAUGUCUGUAGCCGAGCUGGUGGAUUUUGUCUUGGCCCUGAUCAUCUUCCUCUUUCCCCUGUCAAUCACUGUCCUGUCCUAUGGAUGCAUCCUGGCCACGGUGUUACGCAUGCCCACAGGAAAACAGAAAGCCUUCUCCACUUGUGCUUCCCACCUCGUGGUGGUCACUAUCUUCUACUCAGCCACUAUUUUCAUGUAUGCCCGGCCCCGAGCCAUCCAUGCCUUCAACAUGAACAAGAUCAUUUCCAUCUUCUAUGCUAUUGUCACUCCCGCCUUCAACCCUUUCAUUUAUUGCCUAAGAAAUCGAGAGGUAAAAGAAGCUCUGAAGAAGCUGAUCCAUUGCCAGGCUGUUAGAUCUGACUAGUCCGUUAUGGGUGAUGGAAAGAAAGAGAAUGAGUUCUUUCUUCUCCUUGUC